CACCGGGAUUGUAGCUCAGCAGCAACCACCACCAAGGGGCACCAACGCAUCUCCCUAAAUUAAAACCAACCCCAGCCGGGAAUGGUUUAUUGGCUCAAGCAAAAAGGAAAGCAAUAAUCGCACCUAAAGAUCGCGCCGAGAAGGCUACGGGGGAGAGUGCUACAAGCAGCAGUGACGAGUGACGAGAGAGUGUGUGAGAGACCCCGGUGGAGAAGGACACGUCCAAAACCGGGAAAUACUACCACUUCUCCACCUCCCAUGUAAAGCUAGCUGUAUGCCCGUAUCCCGAUCCACCACCGCGUCCUUCCUACCUCCCCCCUCUCUCUCUUCCAAGAUCUGUCACGCGGAAAGCUAGAGCUCUCGCUCUUGCUGGUUCCACCAGCUCUGCCUCAAUUCUUCCGUGAGGAUGCCGUAUCUCCGCCGAUUCUUGCUGCUGGUGGUACCGAUCCUGCUCGCCUCGUGUUCCGUUAAUGGCGCUGUUGUUCCGGCCACGGCCAGGAGGCAGCUGCACCAGCCUUUCGUCCCGGACCAGUCGUCAACGCCGCCGUCGUCCCAGACACCGCCGGCUCCGGCGCCGCCCUUCUUCCCGACCCUGCAGGCGCCGCCUCCGCCUCCGGGAGGCACGCCGACCUCGCCGGAGCAGCCGACGUAUCCUGCGUUGGUGCUCCCCAACCCCAACACGGCCCCCGGUAAUACCGGCGGCGGAACGGCGCCUCCGGAUGGAGGGGGAUCGAACAAGUCUAAGAGCAAUUCGUCGUCGAAGCUCGUCCCGGCCAUCCUGCUGCCGCUGCUGACGGUGGCUGUGUUGGGGCUCUCCAUCGGGUUCUUCUUCAAGCACCGGCGGGGCAAUGCGGGACGCGGGGUCGGCGGCGGGUGCGUCGGCGGCGGGGCGAGCAAGUUCUCGCACCCGGAGCGGGCCAGCCUCUUCGCGCGCGAUGAGUUCGGCGGGAGCGGUGCGCCUCCCGUGAUGUCGGCGGCGGCGGGGGCGGCUUCGUCGGCCGAGUUCCUGUACGUGGGGACGCUGGCUGGGAGAGGGGACGCUGACGGGAAGAGCAGCGACACGACGUCGUCGGGGGACGAGGCGUCGCGGAGCUCGGGCGCCGGCGGGGGGUCGCCGGAGCUCCGCCCGCUCCCGCCGCUGCUGGGAAGGCAGUCUGGGCCGCUGGGGUCGAGGAACUCCGGCGGCAGCGUCGGCGGGUCCUCCCCGGCCUCGUCCGGGGAGGAGGAGUUCUACUCGCCGCGGGGAUCGUCGACGGGCGCCAAGACGUCGAGCUCGCAGCGGACGCUGGCCGCGGCGGUCCACGCCGCCGUGGCCGCGCGCGACCGCUCGAGGACCGGCUCGCCGGGGUCCGCCGUGAGCACGCCGUCGUACCCGUCCUCGCCCGGCGCCACGGCGUCCCCCGCGCCUUCCUCGCCGCCUCUCUUCUCCAGCCCCGGCCAGUCGGGCCGCCGCUCCGUCAAGGCGAGAUCCGACGUCUUCGGCCUCCCGCCGACGCCUCCUCCACCGCCUCCUCCAUUCGCGCCGACGCUGCCGCCGCCGCCUCCUCCUCGCCGGAAACCACCCUCGCCAUCACCGCCGUCAUCUCCCCUCGAGGACACGUCAGCUCUCAGAUCCACCACCGACAACAUGUCGAGAAACCCAUUUAUUACCCUGCCACCAACUCCACCGCUGAGAAGCGCGCACGGGCAGCCUCCUCCGCCCCCGCCGCCGCCUCCACCGCCGGUGGGCUACUGGGAGAGCCGCGUCCGGAAGCCCUGCACGUCGAAAGAAACCCGGUCGCCGGCGCUGUCUCCGCCACCACAAGCGGCCAAUUUCAGGAGCGUUCCACCCACCGACGCUUUCCCCGGCCGGCUAUCGGAGAAUGCCGAUCAUGGUGACAAGUCCGAGGAGACCACGCCGCGGCCGAAGCUGAAGCCUCUGCACUGGGACAAGGUCCGAGCCAGCUCCGACCGAGUCAUGGUGUGGGAUCAGCUCAAAUCCAGCUCAUUCCAAGUGAAUGAGGAGAUGAUCGAGACGUUGUUCAUUUGCAAUCCAGCGAAUGCGCCACCGAAGGAGGCAGCAAAGAGGCCAGCGUUGCCGGCACCCAAGGCGGAGAACAAGGUGCUGGAUCCAAAGAAGGCACAAAACAUUGCCAUCUUGCUACGUGCUCUGAAUGUUACCAAGGAGGAGGUCUGCGACGCCCUCUGUGAAGGUAACACGGAGAACUUCGGGGCAGAUUUAUUGGAGACCUUGCUUAAGAUGGCUCCUACCAAGGAAGAGGAGAUUAAGUUGAGAGAAUUCAAAGAGGAGACAUCUCCUAUUAAACUUGGUCCUGCUGAGAAGUUCCUUAAGGCAGUUCUUGAUGUGCCUUUUGCUUUCAAAAGAGUAGAUGCAAUGCUUUACAUUGCUAACUUUGAAUCAGAGGUCAAAUACUUGAAGAACAACUUUGAUAUCCUUGAGGCUGCUUGCGACGAGCUUAGAAAUAGUAGAUUAUUCCUGAAGCUACUUGAGGCUAUUCUCAAGACCGGCAACAGGAUGAAUGUUGGCACAAACCGUGGGGAUGCGCAUGCAUUCAAGCUUGACACUCUACUGAAAUUGGCUGAUGUCAAAGGCACCGAUGGCAAGACAACCCUUCUGCAUUUUGUCGUGCAGGAGAUCAUUCGAACCGAGGGUUCCCGUCUCUCAGCCAGCAACAGUUCAACACCAAGAACUGUAGCAAAUCCUCUACGAGACGAGCUUGAGUGCAAAAAGCUUGGCCUCCAAGUUGUGGCUGGCCUUGGGAACGAGCUCAGCAGUGUCAAGAAGGCAGCGGCAAUGGAUUCUGAUGUGCUAAGCAGCUACGUCACGAAACUUGCAGGAGGAAUAGAGAAGAUCACUGAAGUAUUGCGGUUGAAUGAAGAGUUGAAUUCGAGGGACGACGCAUGGAGGUUCCAUGACACAAUGCAGAAGUUCUUGAAGAAGGCUGACGACGAGAUCCUCAGGGUUCAAGCUCAGGAGAGUGUUGCAUUGUCACUUGUGAAGGAAAUCACAGAGUACUUCCAUGGCGACUCCGCGAAAGAGGAGGCUCAUCCUUUCAGAAUCUUCAUGGUUGUCAGGGAUUUCCUCGCCGUGCUUAAUCAGGUUUGCAAGGAAGUCGGCAGGAUCAAUGACCGCACGAUCGCCAGCUCUGUGCGCCAUUUCCCGGUGCCCGUCAACCCAAUGAUGCCGCAGUUGUUCCCACGUAUUCAUGCAUUGAGAGCUGGAAUCUCCGAUGACGAGAGUUCAGUUGCAUCGUCGCCCUGAGCACCGGUUGUCUGCCAAUAGAAAUUUUUGGGGAUGUCAACGGGAAACCGCCAGAUAGGAGGAAUUAGAGGUGGACCCAACAGGCAUGCAGACGGACAGGAGCACCCCUGGCACUGGAACUACAGCCAAGUUAGCAUCAGCAUCUAUCCAUGGAGCCAUCCUGCAUGGUGGUAAACUCAGGUGAGUCUGGAGGUAGCUAAGGAACCCCUAAAACUGUGCCCGGCAUUUGCUACCGACGGGAGCGGCGGGCUGUUCAUCCUUUUUCCUAACCUUUUGUAUCUGUAGAUUAUAGAAUGUACAAGAUUUUUUUUGCAAAUAUUUAUUCCGAUAUAUAAGAAGAGCUUAGAUCAGAGGAAAAUAAACAGCAGUUCAUGUAUGUAUGCGGUCUUAAUUCUGUACAUGACAUGGAGCAGUAAAUCAGAUGCCCAUUUAUUUAUCUUA